AUGGGCGAUGGAGACACCGAGCACGACCACGGCCACGGCCACGGCGGGCCCCGUGGCACGCACCUUGGAGGAGCGGGUGGCCGCGAGGAGAGCGACUUUGCCGGGACGUCGGCCUCCAGCCCCGCUGGCUCCGGGGAGCCCCGGCUGCAGGAGACCGACAACUGCCGCCGCAUCUUGGUUCGAGAUGCCAAAGGGACCAUUCGGGAAAUUGUCCUGCCCAAAGGCCUGGACCUGGACCGCCCUAAGCGCACCCGCACCUCCUUCACUGCUGAGCAGUUGUACCGCCUGGAGCUAGAGUUCCAGCGCUGCCAGUAUGUGGUGGGCCGUGAGCGCACGGAACUCGCCCGCCAGCUGAACCUCUCUGAGACCCAGGUGAAGGUGUGGUUCCAGAAUCGACGCACCAAGCAGAAGAAAGACCAGAGCCGGGACCUGGAGAAGCGAGCAUCGUUCUCGGCCACCAAGGCCUUCGCCACGUCCAGUAUCCUGCGGCUGCUGGAGCCCAGGCAACUGCUGUGUAUGCCCAGAGUCCCCAGCCUGCUGGCACUGAUUCCUGGCCCACAUGGCUUGUCCUCAGGCCACAGGGGCACCCCUGGGGGUGACCCCCAAAAUUCCUCCCUGUGCCUCACCCCCCUGCCCUCCGCCAAGGCAUCCCCUCCGCUGCCACCGCUCCCAUCCACCCUCUGCCUGGCGGCUGCCCCGCUUCUAGACCUACCUGGCAGCUGCGGACUGGGCUCCUCUGCCUUCGAGCCCUACAGCCGGCUGGAAUGGAAAGAAGGCAGCCCUGGGGGCGGCAGAAAAGCCCGAGCUUAA